GGCUUACGCUUUUUAAUCACGUAACAUCAAGUACUUAAGUACGUAGUUAGGUACUUUAUACAUGUGCUUCAGUUCCAGCAUCAAAGUUCCCACGCACAUCUUAGCUGCCCCCCUGCCCCGCCGAAACUUUCUAGAGCUACACUGCCAAGCCAUCUUCAGUGAAGCCUCGUCGCAACAUUGACAAGGCUAAAUCUAGUAACGCCUUCUGGAACGCAGUACUACAUACCGUCAUUAAACUUACCAAGCCCAAUCUGAGACCAAGUAUUGUCUUUCCGUACUCGUACAGCCAGCUGUAUUAUUCGCAACAACCAGAUUAACUAUUAACUACCAAUAUGGCCUCCACCGGCGAGCCUUUCUACAUCCGAUAUUACUCAGGUCACUCCGGUCGAUUCGGUCAUGAAUUUCUAGAGUUCGAUAUUAGAGUAGUAGGCGACGGUCGAAGCGCCGUAGCUCGAUACGCAAACAAUUCCAACUACAGAAACGACAGUCUAAUCCGAAAAGAGAUGUGUGUCAGUUCGUUGGUGGUAGAUGAGAUUAAGCGUAUCGUCAAGACGAGCGAAAUCAUGAAGGAAGACGACGCCAAGUGGCCGCAGAAGAACAAGGAUGGUAGACAGGAAUUGGAGAUUCGCGUAGGCAACGAUCACAUAUCAUUCGAGACAGCCAAGAUUGGUUCCCUAAUCGACGUAACGGAAUCGGCAGACCCCGAAGGAUUACGGGUAUUCUACUACCUGGUGCAAGACCUAAAGGCGCUCGUCUUCAGCUUGACGUCACUUCAUUUCAAGAUCAAACCCAUCUCUUGAAGAGCUAAGAUAGAUAAGGCGCACAAGUGCGAGUUUAUGAUCAUCAUUAUGUAUACAUAGAGUAGUACGGCAUUUCCCCUGAACC